AUGCCACCACGAUUUCUGGAACGAAUGGAACGCCAGACGGCUACUAUGAACACAGUCUUUGGCGGAUCUCAAGCCGACCCCCCACCUUACCCAUACUCGAGGACAAGAUCUAGUACAGCUAUUUCGCAAGGAUCGUCACAGUCUCUGUCUACCGGCAAAGCGCUACCAACACCUCCACCGACUUACCGACCGCUUGAGAAAACGCGGGAUCUUGAGCGAUUCGCUCUACCCAAUGGUUCACUAGUGCUGGUCACCGGUGCAAAUGGCUGGCAUGGAAUGCACAUCUGCGAUCAGCUAUUACAGCAUGGCUAUCGUGUUAGGGGCACCGUCCGAGACGAGCGAAACGCGAUGUCUUUGGCGAAGUACUUUGAAAGCAAAUAUGGCGCUGCUCAAUUCCAGCCAGCGAUCGUGCCGGACAUGGUGGUGCAGGGCGCAUAUAGUGCUGCUGUACAAGGCUGUACGGGCGUCGUCCACUCAGCUUCGGUGAUGACCUUCGACACCGAUCCGCAUGAAGUCGUCACACCUUCGAUCGCUGGAGCACUGCAUGCACUUGAGGCUGCAGCGGCAGAGCCUGGAGUACGACGAUUUGUGUAUUGUAGUGCUACGGCGGCGGCUGUGAUGCAAGGUGAUGGUAAGCGGAAUGAGGUGACUCACGAAAGUUGGAACAUGGCAGCAUUCAGAACAGCUUGGGGAACGGCCUCGGACGAUGAAGCGAGAGGGUUUGCUGUCUUUGCUAGCAAAUACUUUGUCGACGUGCAAGAUUCAGCACUCCUACACGUAGCGGCACUCAUCCUUCCAGAUGUCCGAGGCCAGCGCAUAUUCGCCGUCGAAAGUCCUUACAAUAUCAACUCCGUCCUGCAGCUUUUGUGCAUGAUCUAUCCGAACAGAGUGUUCAAUGGCGAUGUCAGCGAUCAUGGUAUCGAUCUGACUGUCUUCAAAGAGGCACCUUAUGCUGAAGGCUUGCUGAAACGUAUGGGGAAGGAAGGCUGGACCGACCUCGAGACUAGCCUGAGUCGAAACUGUGAAGCGUUUCUUGAUGACGGUGAUCAGAAGGCGGCUAUAUGA